AUGGACGAACAAGAAGAUACUCUAGUGGGGGAGGAAGCACAGAGCGGCCUGGAGGAAAGUCUGGAGAGCUGGAAGGAUCAGUAUAUCCACGUGUUUCGAUCCCCGCACACCUUUCCGCUUUGCCUCGCGCGCCCGCGCCUCGCUGCCCCUCCUCCGCCUGCAGUUUCUUUUCAUUCACCAAAGAACGUGCACGUCAUUUUAAUUAUAAUGGAGCAUUUGAUUGAAAGUGCACGAAAACGUCCCUGUUUAUGGCAACUUGAUUUCAAAGAGUAUAAGGACAACGAAUUAAAAGAAGCAGCGUGGGAAGAAGUAUUUAAUGAGUGUGAUUUUCCAAGUGAUUGCUUAAAAAAUAAGUUGUCGGUUUCGACUCCACCACAAGACCAAAGAGGAAGACAUAUACCAAAAAAUAAAACAAGUGAUGAUCAAGUUCAAAAUGUAAAGUCAUUUAUAGAAAAAUUUCCAACAUAUGAAUCCCAUUACACUUUACAUAAAAGGUCAGAUAGACUAUUUUUGCCUCCAGAGUUGAACAUAACCAAAAUGUACUCUUUGUACUGUGAACAGAGUGCUACACCUCUAUCUUAUUACAUGUUUAGUAAAAUAUUUAAUGCAAAUUUUAAUUUAUCAUUUCAUCCACCAAUCAGUGACUCAUGUAAAAGGUGUGACAUGUUGAAUAUAAAGAUGCAAGCUUGUGAUAAUGAGGAGGAGAAAAGCCAUCUUGAAACUCAGAGAAAGCUCCACUUACUAAAAGCAGAUUCGGCAAGAAAUAAUUAUAAUAAAGAUAAAGAAGAGGCUAAAGUAAAUUGUAACAAUACGCAGUGA